AUGUUCAAGACUAUCCUUUCCUUCGCCCUUGUUGCCAGCGCCGCUGCCUUCGCACCCCCUUCCGCCUCCUUCAACCGCCCCGCCACUUCGCUUUUCGGCGAGGUCGAGGACAAGGUCAGAGACAUCAUUGUUGAGCAACUCGGCGUUGAUGCCGAUAAGGUUGUCCCUGAAGCUUCCUUCAUUGAUGACCUUGGAGCCGACUCCCUUGAUACCGUUGAAUUGAUCAUGGCCAUCGAGGAAGAAUUCGACACAGAGAUCCCAGAAGAAGAAGCCGUCUCUAUCUCCACUGUCAAGGACGCCAUCGACUUUGUUGCCAAGCUUUAA